AUGAAUGUCGCCCAGAAUACAGUGCCCAAAGGCAAUGUUUCCGAGAAUCGCCAUGCGGCCAUCUUUGGCGUGGGUAUUGGAUUCAUCGUGUUUGACUCAAUUGUAAUCGCGCUGCGCAUCUAUGCACGCGCUUUUAUGCUGCGCGCUCUGGGAACGGAUGACAUUCUGAUGAUAAUUGGCGCCAUACUCAAUUUUGGAUUAUCAAUAACGAUCAUGAUCGGAUCCAAUUAUGGAAUCGGAAAACACGCGCUUGCCAUAUCUGAGAGCGACACCGUGCCUAUGUUGAAGGUGCGCACCCCAUUCCUGUACAUAUGA